AUGCUCGAAGGUCUGGUUCAGUCAUACUCCCAAUCAUUUGUUCUGCAGGCUCUGGCCAGCAUUGAGCACCAGGAGCGGUUGACAUUAGUGAUCAACAAUCACGCUAAGGAGCCAGAAACCGUUGUCUUCGGACCCAAGUCGACGGACAAAGAUGUGCAGAUCGUGAUUUUGAAUCCUAACGCCUGGGUUCGCAUUUGCCAGGCUUUUGAUCUGGGUUUCGCGGAAGCAUACAUCUACCAAGAGCUUGAAUGUGACGACCUCCGUCAUAUGUUCCAGCUUUACCUCCGUAACCGUACCAGGCUCGGCUUCGGUAAUCGUCUCCUCAGUUUCCUCCCCCGCCUCCGCCACCUCCUCUUUACCCCCACAAACACUCUGGCUCACUCCCGCUCGAACGUGACGUUCCACUAUGAUACCUCCAACGCCCUCUUCGCCGCCCUCCUUUCCCCAGACAUGAACUAUUCGAACGGAUGGUGGUCGAACAAUCCCCAUGAGACCCUCGAAACCGCGCAAAUCCGCAGCGUACACAACAUCCUACAAAAAGCCCGCAUCUCCCCAACGGACCACAUUCUCGACAUCGGAUGCGGUUGGGGCAGUCUGGCAAUCGAGGCCGCCCGGCUGAUCGGGUGCCGCGUGACGGGCAUCACCCUUGCCUCGGAGCAGAAGGCGCUGGCUGAGAAGCGCAUCAAGGCUGCCGGGCUAGACGAUAAGAUCACAAUCCUGCUGUGCGAUUAUCGAAAUGCGCCAAUGCCGGCAGGCGGGUAUGACCGCAUCGUCUCGGUGGAGAUGGUGGAGCAUGUCGGGAAGAAAUACAUGGAUGGGUUCUUCGGGUCGAUCUCACGGCUUCUGAAGCCUGAGGGAGGUAUUCUCGUGAUGCAGGCGAUCACGACGAACAACAUGAUGCAUGACAACAAACCCGGUAUUACCACCUUCACCGAUCGAUAUAUCUUCCCCGGCGGGUACCUUUGUUCAACAAAUGUGUUCCUGAAUGCGUUGCACACCGGGUCGAAUGGCACGCUGGAGCUCGACUCCCUACAGAGCAUCGGGCCGAGCUAUAUUAAGACUCUGAUGACUUGGCGUGAGAAUUUCCUCAAGAAGUGGAAUCUCAUCCGCCGGGAUUACAUCGACAGACACCCCGAGGCGACCGAGCAUGAAAUUGAGGCUUUCCGUCGGGUGUGGGUGUAUUAUUUCACCUACUGUGAGGCAGGCUUCCGGUCGCGCGUGCUCACGAACCAUGUCAUCACCGCUGUCCGAACGCCUGAGCCUGCGAUAAAUGACCCGAUCCCGGACUUCGAUGAGGUUCUGGAGCCAAACUUGGGAUCCGACAGCCACUUCAAAUAUGAAGUGUUCGAGUAG